CGGUAGGCAGGUCUAAUACUAUUGCUAGCGCUAGCUAGCCCCGUGUACCAGCCUCGCCGAUCGAUUCCUCCUGCAGUGGAUCAGUGGAUCACUACUCCCAUAACGUACACUUGUACCGUAUCCAUCAUUGAUCAUGGACAUUACUCGAUAGAUCUUAGCCGAUCCCAGCCGAUCUUGACGCCAGAGCAAGACUGCAGCCGGUAGCACGCUCUUUUAAUCAACAGCUCCGGCCGGCCCUCUCCCUCCGUCACUGGUAGUAAUUUGCCAUUCAUCCGUCAAAAAGGGAGACGAAUUGAAGGCGAUGAGGCGGCGGCUAUGGCGCAUGGGCGGCAGGGUGCUGAACUGCUUCGCCGCCUGCGUGGGCGCCGGCGCCGGCUGCGGCUGCCUGUGCGCGCGCGCGCUGGGGGACGAGGCGGAGGAGAGGAAGGCCCUGGUGACCGGGAGCAGCCAGGUGGUGAGGCUCAGCGACCUCGUCGUCGAGGGCGCGUCGUCCAGGACGCUGGGUUUCCAUCUGCAGCCCAAGACCGUGGAGCUGAGGGUGUCCAUGCACUGCUACGGCUGCGCCAAGAAAGUUCACAAGCACAUCUCCAAGAUGGAAGGGGUGAUGUGGUUCGAGGUGGAUCUGGAGCGCAAGAAGGUGGUGGUGACCGGCAACGUGACGCCGCUGGAGGUGCUGCAGAGCGUCUCCAAGGUCAAGCUCGCCCAGCUCUGGAUGCCACCACAACCAUGCUAAUAACGGGCUAGUCGAUCACCGCCGUGAUAUGGAGCGACAGGAGACCAUUUUCUCCAAUGACCAACCCUCUAUUUCCCUGGCGUCCCUUCUCAUAUUAGCUUGUUCUUUUCUUCCAAACCUAUGUAUUCUCCAAUCACAAAGGAGUAAGCUUUGGCCGCAUGCAUCGUUUUCAGGAUGCAAAGGCCGGGAGUUGACACCAACAUUUGUUGUGAGGAUCGGUAUUUUGUCAAGUAUAUAUAUGUUCGUAGUCAACAAA